AUGGCAGUAGUUGAGUUGCCUCCUAUCCAUUGUUCAUCUACUUCCUCCUCUUCCUCACAGACUCUAACUCGGGCUGUAGAUUUAGAGGACGAAAUCAACUUCGAUGUGUGCGCUGCCAAUACAACCCCGACACUUCAUUACUAUUUAGAACAAAAUACAAUUAUUAAAUCCUUGCCGCUUUUGCGCAGCCUUCCAGAGAGACCCCUGAGAGUACUCUUCACGUCUUCUCUAGAUUACGAUGCAAGUGACUUGCGUGCUCAAUGUCAGAGUGGAAUGCUGUCAAUGCUUAAGUCUGGCUCUACUCUCCCGGUUGAGAUUCACGUUGCAGAUAAUGGAAACUACUUUAAUGAACUCUGGAAUGAACAGAUCAUCGGCUCAUGCCAAAAACCCUCCCUACAGCAAGGAGAAUUUAUUUCUGUUGAUACAGAAAAGAUCGGUGAAGACUACGAUAUUAUAAUAGUCAAUGUGGAAAAAUUUCUCGCCAAUGAUCGUCCCGAACGAUUGAAAAAAUUGACAAAAUCUCUUAGGGAGAAUCAAAUCUUCAUUGCAGUGACUACGCACUCAACUUACAAAUACCCGUUUGUGAAAACUCUGAAAAAUCUAUUCUUUCAUCUGGGAGGAUUUGAUUUCCAACCGCUGAAGUCAUUGAAGGCCAAGUGGUGGCUGUUUUGUAAGCACAAUGGAUACCAUUUUGUUGAGAUAAUUAAAUGGGGAUGUCUACAAUAUCUUCAGCUAAACACGCCUGAUAUUUAA